AUGCGAUCUGAACUCAACAUGCUGCUACAAUUUGCCGAGCAGGCACAGUUAAGAUCAAGGGAAGUUAAGGAGCAUCUCACAGAUUUGCUUGUUAUUGGGGAACAAACACUCUCGGUUGAGCAAGAAGCGGUCGAACAACUGAAUCUUGCAAAGAAUGCUUUCGAACGAUUGGAUAAGCCUCUAUUGGGCUUUGAUUCAGAGAGGUUGAGUGCAUAA